UUGCAAGAAUGAUUAUAGCUCUGGUAAAUACAUUGCAUUUAAUUUGUGCAUUAUACUUUUUUUUAUUUUUGCACCAGGCAACGUUUAGGUUGAAGUAGACUCCGUUUGGGAUUUCUAUGACAGUCGCAUGAAAAAAAAAGCGUUUUAAAUUAUUUAUUUCUUUGUUACUUUUCAUUGACGUUGUAUUUUCACUUGAAACCCACUUAUGUCGCUGGCCUUUUAAGCACCGUUUAUUGACUAUAUACAUGUGUUUUGAUCGCCAAGGAAUCUGACUUCAUGUUUAUAUUAACGGUUGAUCUAUCACCUGCAAAAUUCCACGCUUGCAACCACUGGGAUCCUGUGACGCAGUUGUACUUUUGAAAUUUGGAGUUUAUCAACCUGUCGAGCUGUAUUCUCGGAUGAAAUACCUUCUUGUGAUAACCUUUUGGAAUGUCAAAGGAUUAUACGUAUUGAAAUUUUAGCAGAAUUAUGGCAGUUCCAAUUGCAGUCGUUGGCGGUGCGGCUGUGGUUGUGUUGAUAAUAAUACUCAUAAUAGUCUUCAUAAUAUUACGUAAGAGGAAGAAAGCUGCAUUGGACGCGGGCGAGAGACCUGCGAAGGGAAAUUAUCAAAAGCUUGAAAGUGGGGAGCUCGAAAGCGAGGCUGUCCCAGAGGGUGAAAAUGUCGAUGAAAGUGGCGGGAAAAUCAAGAAGAAAAAGCGAAAAAAAGGCGCUGGAAAGAAAGGAAAAAGUAAACGAAAACAGAGCCAGGAUUCGGUAGCAAGUCUUGAAGAUGAAGCUGGACUUGGUGAUUCCAGUGUUUUUACCGAUGAUUUAGCAGUUCCUCUGAUAAGUAAACUUCAGUUUUCCGUUUCAUAUCAUUCUGGAAAUAGACAGCUUCUGUUGUACGUUCAUCGCGGUGAAAAUUUCGGCGUUAGCUCGACAACGAAAUUCGAACUGCGAGUAACUUUGUUGCCCGCCAAGCGACAAAGACGUAAAACAAGAUCUCAACCGUCCGGGAAUCCAGUCUUUAACGAACUGCUCGAGUUUGCUGAAGUGGACAUAGAUGCGGACACUUUGCGGGUAAGAGUUUAUAAACUGAAUGAAAGACAAAGGAAGUUGAUUGGAGAAUUACGAGCCAACCUCAAGGCUGAUUUAAGCCUGGAUACCGUUCCCAAAGUCGAGCAAAUUUGGAGAGAAUUAACACCUGUUUCGGAUAUUCCGGACGAUAUCUCCGACACGAUGUUCGUGGUAGAUCCUGAAAGUAUUCUCGCUGCACCAAAAGAAACGGUACCUAUGCUGCAAAUAUCUCUUCAAUACAGAACUAUUACUGGCAAACUCACUGUGGAAAUAAUCAAAGCAAGACAUAUGAAGAUACCGAAUUUACAGAAAGCUCCAGAGGCCUUUGUUGAAGUGUCGCUGCUCAAUUCUAACGGAGGUGAAAUUUCUUGCGCAAGAACAGGGGCUUGCAAAGGAUCGUUUCAUCCCACAUUUGAGGAGACAUUUUACUUUCCUGCGAUUGAGUUUGAACUGUCCGGAUUGACCUUAGUCGUUUCUGUAUAUUAUAAGAAAUUUCGUAAAAAAGAACUGAUUGGUUGGUUUGGCAUCGGCCGUCAGAGUACUGGAGAGAGAGAACAAUUACAUUGGGAUGAGAUGAUUGAUUCUCGCGGGGAGCCAAUCAAAGGCUGGUAUGUAUUAGGUCAAGUUUAGCUUUAAAACUGGAUUAAAAUUAUCAUUGAUAUAUCCUGUAUUAGAAACGAAUAUAAUGAAUAAUUCAAAUCCACGUAUUAAUAGGAUAUUUAACAGUUAAAAAUAAAUUUGUCAAUGAUCUGGUUUGACAAUGACUUUGAAAGUCGAAAUAUCACCUUCAAAUUCUUAUCUUGUUAGGUAUAGCUCAUAUCGUUAGUUUACAAUAUGUCAUUUUUCGGAAUAUGUUUUUUUCUGGUUUUGUAAACUAAACGGGUUUUCUUCGCUCAACUUGAUGUUUAUUUCAUUUAAAAUUUACGCAAAUCACGGCAGAAGUUGGCUGAGUUUCUUCAUUAUCAAGAGUAAACUGACAAAGAAUUUCGUCUGCAGUGUAAAUUGACCUUCCUGACAUCACAAAUAGGGAAGCCAAGUUUCUCAAUUAACUGAAAACAUCUGGCUAAAAAAAAUUGCCAUUCUCGAA